CAAAUACAAAAAUAUAUACCACUGAUGCACAUAACAGUGAUUUUGGCAACCAUUAACACACACUCAUAAAAUAGCUGGUGGUCUCUAUGGAAGUGGGACUCUGCUGAUUGUGUUUGCCCUGGCACAGAGGACGAUUUGCAUUAGGAGCUCAUUUUGCCUCCUCAUGUUGCCACUUGUUACUUUUUCAGUCUUUUUUUCAUGAAAAUAUACAAUAAAUAUUGCUGUAUAAUGUUGCCUUGCUUCAAGCCGUGUGAAUUUUACGGGAUAACUGGAGUUCAGACGUGUGGUCUCCUGCUUGUCACUGGCCCUCUUGCCCUGAACAGAGUCCCCCUGCGUAGGGCACACCAGAAGUUUGUCAUCGCCACAAACACCAAAGUUGACAUCUCUGGUAUGAAGAUCCCCAAGACUCUGUCUGAUGCCUACUUCAAGAAGAAGAGGCUGAGGAGGCCCCACCACCAGGAGGGAGAGAUCUUUGAUACAGAGAAAGAGAAGUACCAGCUGACAGAGCAGAGGAAGGAGGACCAGAAAGCUGUGGACUGUGUGAAUGUACCCAAAAAUGUCUUUCACAGUGGCUUGUGCAAAGACGGCGCUAUCAAACCGAACAUUUGAAAUGGGCCUUUUAUAGAUCAUUCAAGGUGAACAGUGCUCAAACACGUAAAAUGCGACACCAGGCUAUUGUGUUCAGCGAGUGACUCACAUUUCUACCUGUUCGCUUCAAUUCCAUUUUGUUCCUUGAUGUGCAUUUUAAAGACCAGUUUCCUGCACUUCAACCUGACUAAAUUAUUAAACCUUCUCUCAAUGGAAAGGAUUUUCUAAAUGCCUGAAGGCUGAGUGAGGUCCUGUUGAUCUCCAUAAAAAAUAAGUGGAAAAGUAACUAAUCUCACAGGUCGACCUCAUGCAUGACUUGAUCUGAAAUUCAUGCAGUGAGAAAGAGCCUUUGUAUACAAACUGAAUUCCCAAGAAUACCAAUAAUAUACAUGAAUCAGUUUUGACAUUUUCCAUUUAAAAAUUCCAGACUAACAUCUCAGACUACUUUCAACAUUGUCAUGUAUGUUAGGACACCUAAUACAUGUUACAUGGUGUAUCCAUCCUACUGUCUGUUCAGUUCAUUCUGUGCUGAAGUUGACCUCCGCUCUGAACCGGUCAUGGUGUGUUCACAUGGUGCCACUGUUGAUUUGUGCACUGUAAUGUGGACAGGUGUGUUAAUUGCUCUGCCCCACCCACUUGAUGAAAAACAUUCAGCUCCUCCAAAAUAUUACCAAAAUCAAAAUAUGCCGCUUGUAUGAUCAAUCUGUUGCAAUUCCUGAAUUAUGCUUUAGAAAACUUAACUGUAAAUUCAAGCAGUAGCCUGAAAAAUAGUUUCCGCAUUCUCUCCCCUUUUCCAUACUCACCCAGAUCUGGGAGAAUGAUCUAAAUCACAUUUCAUACUUUAACAGACAGUGAAGGAGCACUGGUGGGUUAUUAAUAUCCUGAUUCAAAACUAUAUGUUCAGUGAUGCAGUGCAAAGAAAUGACUACUCAAGAGUUUCACCCAUACCACACAGCCAAACAAUUACGCUUUAAUUAAAAAAAUGACAUGUCUAAUGUCACAAGACAAAAAUAAAUACAAGUGUUUCAUUUCUCUUACAUGGCCACGUUGUUGUUUUUUUUUUUUUU